CCUAUCCAAAAUUAAUGCACCUGGACGACCUCGUUGGUGCAGCGACAGGAGAGACGAGAGGGAGCCACGCGUGGAAUACAUGGAGAAUUUAUUUUUUAAGAAAGGGACGUCCACCGCUGUCCAGUUUCACUCCGUUUCUUUCCGCCAUGUUCAGGCACCCUUCUAUUUUCAGACCGCCCUCCGCCGGAGAACGGGAUUGGCGACAACCGCUGCCGCCUCAGCAACCAUACCCACAACCUCUAAACCCCAAUUUCUCUCUCCAAAACCAAAACCCCACCAAUUCAUCCUAUAUUUAUCCUCAAAACCCCGCCUUUGCCCCCUACCUUGCCCACAACCCCAAUUUCCCUAGUUUUACUAUCCAAAGCCUUAAUUUCCCAAUCCAAACCCCUAGCUUCCCGCUCCAAAACCCUAUUUUUAAUCCCCUACAGCUCCCAAAUCCAACGUUUCCGCCUCAGACCUCAUCCGAGAACCCGAAACCCAAUGUUGAUCCUCAACAGCUCCCAAAUUCUGCGUUUCAGCCUCAGACUUCAUGUGAGAACCUGAAAGAGAUGCUGGAGAGCAUCGAUCAGGCAGUCGAAAAGGCUCGCGGUGAUUUUGUGGCGGCAAGAAGGAGCGUCUCGGCGUGGAAGGUGUUACAGUCUGCGCUUGUGACGCUCAAGGUUGAUGACUGGAGCUUUCUUCUCGGGCUUCAAAUGCAUCAAGUCCCUUCUCUUCACCGCCUCAUGCUCACCGAAGGCAGGAUAAGUUCAUUUAUCCAUUGCUUUGUUCUAGCUCGAAGAAUUACAUCUUUGUAUGAUUUGGAACUUGCAAUCUGCAAGAAUGAGGAGAUUGAGGAGUUUGAAGUGCUGGGAUUGGGCCCUUUGUUCCGUCACCCCCUUGUUUUGCAUUAUUUCCCAGUGAGUUCUGAUACAACUGAAGUGUUUAAGAUAACUAGCGAGGAGAUACUAUGUUUACUCACCUUUUAUCAAGAACAUAAACGUAAAGUCUCUGUUGAAGAAUUUUUGGAUUAUAUUGUUAAGAGGCGAUCAGUUGCAAGCAAGGAAAAUAUCGGAAUUCGAAUUUGUAGCUUGGGGGUGCACGUUUCUUCUAUUCGGAAAGGCAGGAAGUUAGAACGUGCCGCUCUAAUUAAAUCUCAAGAGCAAGUUAGAAUGCGCCGCUAUAAGAAGAAGGAACCAAUUCUUACCUCAUUGAAUGAGCGGCUAGACAAGCAUUUCUGUGACAUUUCUCAGCAUGCUGAAUUGUUUUCUGUUGUACAAAAGGAAUUUUGUGACAAGAAAGAUAGAUUUGUUUCUUCAAGUUCAAGGGAUGGAGGUGGUAAGGAUUUUUUACAUGAAGAUGACAAAGAUAAAGGUCAUGCAUGCACCGAGGUUAACUUUUCGUUACAAUCUGCUAAAAUUUCGGACCAAGUGAGUAACUCUACUUACAUGUCUGCAAUAGAGGAGAGGCCUUUGCUUGGAUCAAACCACCCUUCUCCGGCUUGUGGAACCCAAAAGCAUAAUGAGGGUAAUGGGUCCGUAAAAAAGAAACGAAAAUACGAAAAUCUAAGCAGCCCCAUCUCUGUCCCCCAAAAAUUACGAAAGAGAGACAAGGUAGAACAAGAUGUUCUUUUUACUAAGAAUGACCAUGAAACCGAGGAGGACAUUAGUAUGAUUAAAACUGAUCUUUCAGUUUCCAGUGAUUUUUUGAGGAAGUUUAUUACAACUUGGAAGGAUGCAUGUAAGGAGCAGACUGUGACUGAGGUACUUUGGAGCAUGCUUCAGUGUUAUGAUAAGAGGAUGAAAAAAAUCAGCAGAAUAUUUGCUUCAGACCCAUUGAUUGGAUUAUUGAAUGUUGCCGUCUCAUCUAUCAAAUGUGGAAUGUGGGAUAGCAUGUAUGAUACAUCCCAAUCCAUUGGCCAACACGAAUUAAGUAGAACUUCUACUGAUAAAUACUCUGAAUAUUUGAACUCAGAUGUUGAAUCAAAUAUUAAGGAUGCACCGCCAGUCAUUACUGAACAUGUUACCCAACAUACUCAGACCUCACAGUGCCUAGAGCUGGAUCAUGGCCGUUGUCAGAGAACUCAUGGAUGUUAUCAGAGAGUGCUCACCAUGGAUUAUGACAAUGUUGUGGCAGCCUCACACUGCCUGGAGCAGGAUCAUCAACGUCGUCAGAGGAUUCGUGGACGUCGUCAGAGAGUGCUCACCAUGGAUUAUGACAAUGUUGUGGCAGCCUCACGCUGCCUAGAGCAGGAUCAUCAACGUCGUCUGAGAAUUCGUGGACGUCGUCAGAGAGUUCUUGGUAAGCCAGUCUGGUGUAUGCAGAAGAUAAUCCAAAAGAGUGAGAAAAAGAACACGGGCAAAGGCUCAUCCAGAGGAUCUCCUCUUGAAAAAAAAGUCUGCUAUCUGUGUGGUCAAGUUGGACACGUUCACAAGAACUGCUUCCAACAGACUGGAUCAUCUUUGGCUCCAGAGGAUCCCUUGGAAUUGGUUCAGCACCCAGCUCAGGUCAAACAGAUCUGUUGGGAAAUUUCCAGUUCAUCCCCAGCCACAACAGAGUACGAACAGAGCACCAAUGCCACGGAACAGUGGAUGCGAAUUUGUAGCAUGUGGACCUGCAGGUGGUCAAGUAGCUGUUGCUGGAGAAGCGAUGGAAGAGAAAGUCAAUGCUGUGGUAUAUGGUGUGUCAGUUGAAGACAUAAUCAGGAAAGUUGCUACAUAUUUUGAAUUUGAUCAUGGAAUGUGCAUCAGCGGUGAGCCACUUCAGGAGAAGAUAUUUAUCUUCUUGAGAAAGCUUUGCAAUUGUGAAAUUUGGUUGGU